AUGGGGAUUAAGGCUUGGAUACCGGUUAUUUCUUUCUUUUGUGGAGUGGUGAACGGGUUCACACCAGAGCAGUUCAUCAGCGCUCCACGGAGAACAGCGGCUGUCCCAAAUCGCGCAGGGGAUUUCGCAAUCUAUUUUGUGUCCAGCUACUCUUUCGAAACACACAAAAGUACUCAUACAUGGAAUCUUUUGGACCUGGGUACUGGAGAUACCAGUGUACUAUUUCCGGAGCCAGAGGUCUCAGAGGUUGUGUGGAUAGCGGACAACACUGUUUUAUAUAUCAAUGGAACAAACCCGGACAUUGCCGGAGGGGUGGAGCUCUGGGUGUCGGAUAUAACAGACUCUAGCAUAAGAUAUAAGGCCGCCUCUCUCGCUGCGCCUCUCGCAAAUCUCAAAGCAGUUUCGACCCCAAGUGGUGUAAGCUACGUAGUUACAGGCCUCGCAUAUCCUAACGGCACUGCCUAUAAUGCAGAAAUAGUAGAGGAAUCUCUUUCUUCUGCACGCAUCUAUGACUCGCUCUUUGUGCGCCAUUGGGACACCUACAUCACUCCACAAAGAUACGCCAUCUUCGCGGGGAGUCUUUCAAACACUAACGGGGUUUAUUCAUCCUCGGGUGGACUAAAGAAUCUGUUCAGUGGAAUUGAAGGGCUCGAAUCGCCAGUUCAGCCUUUCGGCGGUACCUCGGAUUUUGAUAUCUCCUCAGAUGGAAAAAUCGUUGCAUUCUUGUCAAAGGACCGGGAGAUGAAUCCUGCAAACAACACCGCGUCAUAUAUUUAUCUAGUUCCCCAUUCUGGGUCCGAAGAGCCGGUUGCCAUCAAUUUGCCCUCUGACUCGUAUUCUCCAGAGGGAGCUUCCGCAUCUCCCGUCUUUUCACCCAGUGGUAAAACUCUGGCAUACCUCCAGCAAGACGAGAACGGCUACGAGUCUGAUAAAAAUAAAAUAUAUGUUUAUGAUCUCGAGAAGCAAAGCACCUCCGUCUUUUCAGAGGACUGGGACCGAUCACCGGGAUCGGUCAGUUGGUCGAAAGAUGGAAAGAACUUGCUAUUGAUUGCGGAGGAGUACGGAAGGGAGAGGCUAUGGACGCUCCCUGCAACGGAAAAGUAUGCCGGAAAGCCAAAGGCAAUUACUGGAGCUGAGAAUGGAUCGGUUGGUUUGGCGGUUCCGUUGUCUGAUGAUGAGUUACUCUUGUCGACUUCGAGUUUUGUUUCCUCGACUGGAUUUUCAAAGUUGCAACUGAGCAGCGGAGAGGUUACUACGCUUUUGGAUCCGAAUACUAUUGAUGCGGAGUUAAAGGGACUUUCAAAGAACUCGGUUGGAGAUUUCUGGUAUCAAGGUUCCGCUGAUAAGGUACACGGUUGGAUCAUCAAACCGGAGGGUUUUGAUGAAGACAAGAAGUAUCCUACUGCCUUCCUGAUUCACGGUGGACCUCAAGGUUCAUGGGCGGACGGAUGGAGCACAAGAUGGUCUCCGAAGCUUUUCGCUGAGCAAGGAUACGUGGCCAUUGCCAUCAACCCAACUGGAAGCACCGGAUAUGGAAAGGAGUUCGAGGAUGCUAUUCAAAACGAUUGGGGUGGUGCACCGUAUGUAGACCUUGUCAAGGGGUUCGAAUACAUUUUGGAAACCUAUCCUUUCCUCGAUGCAGACAGAGCAGUUGCUCUUGGUGCCAGCUACGGUGGAUAUAUGGUGAACUGGAUCCAAGGCCAUGAUUUUGGACGCAGGUUCAAGGCUUUGGUCUCCCACGACGGCGUGUUCUCAACUCUGAACCAAAUAACCUCGGAGGAGCUUUACUUCCCCCAGCACGAUUUCAACGGAACUCUCUGGGAUGACCGUGCAAACUUCGAACGCUGGGAUCCUGCAGCGCAUAUUGCAAACUGGUUGACCCCCCAGCUGGUAACUCAUAACGACCUCGACUACCGUCUUCCCGUCUCCGAGGGACUCGCUGUAUUCAAUGCGCUCCAGGUCAGGGGAGUUCCGAGCCGCUUUUUGAACUUUCCGGACGAAAAUCAUUGGGUCUUGAAUCGUGAGAAUAGCUUGGUCUGGCAUAAGGAGGUGAUUGGGUGGAUUAAUAAGUGGAUUGCGGAUGUAUAA